AUGCUUCGAUGGUUGCUGCCAGCUGUUCUGGCAGUUGCUUAUGGCGACUGGAAAUGCACCUUUCAGGAGCAAAACCGUUGCAUCAUCAAUGUUUCCGCACAAGUGAGCGGACCACUUGUGUUUGACGGCAACGUGCUGGUGACGCAUCAAGCGGCUGUGCGUUCUGAGACCAGCUUCAGUAUCCAAGCGACCGGCAAUGUCACGGUGGAGCAGGGGUCUUCGCUGCAUGCUAAAGGAGAUCUGCUGAUUAAUGCAAGCACGAUCCAUCUUGUUGGGUCCUCCACGUCCGCAACUGGGUCGCUCACGAUCGUUAGCCGUGCGGUGUACAAGGGAGGCGCUGUGGACUCACGGGGCGCAUCAGAACAGGCGCUAGUGGAGGCCGCUCGCUUUCGAGAUGCCGAAGCUGAUCCUGGGAUUCUUGUUAUCGAUUCAGCCUUGCAAGGCGGCAACGUCCAGCUGAAUUGCAACCAGAGCAAGAUUUGCCUUCAGGGGGCAAAUAACGUGACAGUGACGGACCCUUCGCAGUCUAUGCAGCUGAAUGGAAAAUUCAUCUCGGCUGAUUGCAGCAACUCUACAUUGGCAUCAGCACGAAUCAUCAUCGUGGCCCAAGCAGAUGUGCUGCUCGAUGCCGCCAUUCCAGGCUAUAAGACAAGUGAUGGCAAAGGGGGGGAGAAGCCGUCGCAGUUGGACGUCACCACUCAAGGCCGCAUGCUCAUUGGCAGCCAGAGUUUCACGUGGAAACUCAAGAGGUUGCACGCAUCAGCCGAUACACUGGUGGUCGCGUCAAGCAGCCGCAUCCAGACCGUGGGGUAUUCUACAUGUAAGCACACAUCUGACAGUGCAGGGCCAAGGGAUCGCUGCUUUCCGGCUUGGUCGACCUGGCCGGGCUCCUGGCCCGAGUCAGUCGAUGAUCCAUACGUGACAUUUGAUCUCGUUCUCCUGGGACGCAGCUCCUUGAACUUGUCGAGUCAUGCAAUGAUCUCAGCUGCAUCGUCUCUGCUCUGCGUGGCCGACGGGGGCCUGCAUCUAGCGGACCACAAUGUACUGGACGCCUCGGGCCGUGGCUGUGGUGCGGGCACCGGGCGGGCUCCUGGCAACACAGUCCAAUCAAGCCCGGGUGGACCCUACUUGGCAGGCGGAGGCACUCACCUCGGCGAGGGAGGAUAUGGAGGUUCGUUUGACACUCAUACUGUUGAGCCGAAUCCUUCCACGAUCCAGCAGCCUGCGUACGAUCGCUACAAUCGGCUUUUCUUGCCUACAGAGGGCGCCUCAGGCGGUGCAGCUGGCCAACUGGGACCAGACACCUGGAACACUGCAGACAUUGCUCAGGCUGCAAGCUCAUCUGGUGGUGGCUUGAUCUGGCUUUCCGCAUCCAGCACUUCUGGGAUUGUAACGUUUGGAAGUUGGGUUGCCUUGAAGGCUGAAGGCCUGCCUGGGGGCGCCACCAAACAUGUGUCAGGGGGUGGAGCAGGGGGACAGAUCUUGAUUUUUGCAACCAAGAUUACGACUGAUGAGGAGGCUCCGCUGCUCAGCGUUGCAGGUGGCACGGGUGCAUGCUCAGCUACUGAGAAUGUGCUUAGUGGUGGUGGCGGAGGUGGAUUUGUCGGCCUUAACUGGACAGCAACAUCACCCUUUCCGUCGCAUGGCGAGCUGGUUGUAGAUGUGUCUGGCGGCGUGAUGGGAAAUGAUGGGUCUGGCCAGAACUGCUCCUGGGUGGUUCCGAAUGCUCGUGGUCUCAUCGAGACAUUCGGGCGUGCCGGCCAAGCCAUGCCGUUGCAGGGCUGCUCUGCAGGCUACUCCGGCCUGUUCUGCGAUCCCUGCCCAGCUGGAUAUUGGAGCCAGGGCGGCCUUGGAAUCUGCCAGGCAUGCAGGAACAAGCCUCCAAACGGCAAUUACACCAAGGCUGCCUGGCCAAGCGCAGACUGCCCGUACUCUUGCGGGGUUGGAGUUCCAAAUCAGAAAAGCAAUCCAGGCUGCCUAGAUCCCAUGGCCUAUGCACUCAGCUUCUUCGGUGGCCCAAAGGGCGUACUUGCAAUUGUACUGGCGGUCAUCACCAGUGCUGCUGUGCUCCUGUGGCGGCGGCGGAAAUCGGGAGGCGGCCUCUCUCGUCCCUUGCUCACUUUCGAUGGGGUUGCGGGUUCCUCAUCGUACUCUUUGCGCGGGCAGAGCCGAGUUGACAGUGGAAGUCGCCAAAGCGGCAGCUUCUCCAAUUGCUGGGCAUCUUGGUUCUGGAGAUACUGCAGCCGCCGUUCUGGCUCCGAUGGACCCGAUGGACAAAGGGUCGUGCAAUCUCCUUCUGAGUUUCAGAUGGCCCAGGAACAACUACCCUUUCACACUUACAGAGUCUACUUCCAAGGCGAAAAUGCCGGAGACUCUGUAUGGUUUCUAAAGCCACAGGUGCCAGCAGCUGUAGAAGAUAUAGUGAUCAAGGACAAAUGGGAGCAAUUGGCCAGGAUGGUGAACGCAGCAGCAAGCAUUUCAAAGCUGCAAAGACGCGCAGAGGGCGUCUUGCGAUACAUCUACCCGCCUGCAGCUCCGCUGUUUACAAGGUUCUGCAGAUGCAAGCGUGCAAGGGCCCUCUUGCAGAUUGUGCGCGAGUUUUCCGAAGCAGAGCGAUUCUGGAUACCCAUUCGACAGGCAGGUGGCGAGCUACAUGUGCGGUUCGGCUGUAACCAGAAAGCCACGCUGGCUUACCUGGACUUUUUCGACUUCUCCAGGUCCCCCAUGGACUUUGCACCUGUGAACCUCAGGAAAGAAGCCUGGGUGAUUCCCGUCCAUGGCCAGGGGAGUUUCGAAGAGCCAUACGAGGUAGACAUGAGUGAUCCUGUGCUGCAGCGACUGGAGCACACGGUCCAUGGCCCCACAGCGAUUCUUUCAGUCCUCUCCACCUUCAACCGCAUUGCUCGCAGAGUCUUCAAGGACGAGCUGCACAGCUCUGACCAUGAUGACCCUCUGCAGCAGCUGCAUGAGAAGGUGGAGCAAUGUGCCUCCCAAUGUGGGCUUGGAGGAUUUGUCCAAGUUCUUGCCAUCUGGCAGAUGGAUCGAUGCCGAGGCAAUGAUGCAUCUGGUCGCGUAGAAGCUGCCAGUGUCGCAAGAUCUACAGAUCCUCAGGACAAUUCCUUCAUGGAUCUAGUGAUCGAGCCGCAGGAGGUAAGCCGCGAGCGCCUGCCAUCACAUUCCCCUCGACGUCGAGAGCUCCGACUCUGUUUGGUUUUCACCGAGUUUUCGAUUCUGGCGAGUGCUAGCAGCAGCGAGUCCUUUGGAAGCUUUUCCACGUCCUCAAAAGUCCUCACAACACCGAUUACUCCACAGGCUCUGAAUGAGAUUCUGCGAAGCUCUGCCGUGGUCGUAGGUGAGGACUCCGCAAAUCCUGUCCUGCCUGAUUCGGGUUGUGGCUUGGGCCUGAAGCGGCCUCUGCUGCGAUUGGGAUAUUCCAGCUCUGAUCAAACGGCAGCAAGAACUCUGGUGUCGCUCAUCUGCUUCCUGGCCUUUGACCUCCUGGCAUUCUGUUUGAUCUGCGGGAUCCUCUUCAAGACCAGCAUGGUGGCCGGCAUGGUCUGGGUAUUUUUACCGCCCUUGGCACAGCCUUUGGCGCUGGUUGUGGGGAUCCUCUUCUUGCUCAUGGAGGAGCCCGAACUGGGUCGGCUGUUUGCUGGUCUGGAAGUGCUUGGCAUGUGGAACGCUGCUGUAUCUCUCGUAGUGUUGAUCUGGCUGCUGUUCCUGGACUCUCUGGUGUUUGACAUCCUGGCUAUGGGUAUAGUCAGCUUUGUCAAGGGGACACUCUUCGCAGCAGCUGCUGCUCAUGUGAGCCAACUGGAAGCCGACCGGGACUUGAGCUCGAUGGACACGCCACAGAACGAAUUUGUGGAACGAUUGUUUUCCAUGCGGGACGAGGAGGACCCGAGACCGACAUCUGCGGAUGAGGUUGGCACAUCAGCAGCGGCCAUGUCCUUCAACUUUAACACUUUGGAUGAGCUCUCGGCAACUCGAGCGUCAGACAGCCAUCCCGCUUCGACCCAAUCCAUCAGGUCCCUCCACAGUCCGCGGAGCUUUUCGAAGCCACAGGUGCAAAUGCCAUCACCCUUCUGA